CAAUCAACAUCAUUAAUAAUAAAAUGCAUCCUGCAACGUAUCAAGUGUAACAGAUUACAUAAUUGGUUCGCAUUUAAUUUAAUGUGUAAAAUUGCAUAUAACCAGUAAAUUAUUGCAGCGAUGAUUUCACGGGUUGUUGCGGGAAACGCCUGUGAAACGCGAACACGGUUCGACACGUGCGGCUGCAGGCGCGGGAGCUAAUUUUGGAAGGGAGACAGUUGGAAAAUGAAGGAUAAAAACAAGUUUUCAAAUCGGCAGGAUAAUAGCUUCACACUGCGUUAACAUCCUUACCUCUGUAAGGUAUACGGUUUUACUGAAAGAGCUGGGCUAAAAGUGACCUGGCUAAACUUUAUGGUACCUUCGAGUAAGGUACUUCUAUGGAAUGAUAAGAAUUUAAAUAUUAACUGAAUUUUCAUGCAGAAAAAAAUAAAUUGCUGAAGACCGAAUGAAAUCGCAAUAUUGUUGUCACUGGAUCCAAAGUUCAACGACGUUGCGUUUAAAGAACAUACAUAUAUCAAGAAAUCGCUGUUAACCGGAUUAGUUCCUUAGAGCUGUCAAGAGCAGCAACAUUUCGUCUACAGUGAACAAAAUUGAUUCAAACAUGAAGAGCGGAAAUCAAAUAACUGCUGAGGCUUUGAAAGCUCAGAUUUGUUUUGAGUGAUAACACGACUAUCGCCGCAAGAAAGAUAACUGCCUAUAAGCUAAGCAAAACGAAAUCAAUUGGCAAGAGUAGCGUGCAUAAACAACAACAAAAAAAUAUUAUACUAAAAAACUAAAAUACCAAACUAAAAAUAUUUAUAACACUUCUUAGGCACUUUCUGGAAAAAAAAUGCUAAAAAAUAAUACUUACUUUUCGUUACUCGGGAUAGAAGCGGAAUUCGUUCCUCCUCGCAGCGGGCAUCGAAUAUGUCUUUGGAAUUGUGGGACAUCCUGUGAUCGAAUUGUCCUUGACCAUGCAAGCAGUAGGCAUUCAAUAUCUUGGAUUCAGGAAUGAACAGGCCGCAUGCUACGCCGCUCAAGCUUAUGGCUACCUAACGAGAAAACCGGCAAUAGUUUUAUGCGUCUCCGGGCCGGGUAUGCUACACGUUAUAGGUGGUUUGGCGAACGCUCAAGUGAAUUGCUGGCCAGUCAUAGUAAUUGGUGGAUCCUGCUCUCAGGAUCAUGAGGGUAUUGGAGGCUUUCAAGAAUGGCCACAGGUAGAAGCCGCUAAACCCUAUUGUAAAUAUGCCGCCAGGCCACCAUCUGCAGUGUUAAUACCGCUUCACGUAGAAAAGGCUGUUCGACUGUCCACUUACGGCCGACCUGGCGCUGCUUACUUGGAUUUUCCAGCCACCAUAUUAAAUCAAUCGGUCGAUGAAGAAAAAAUACUCAAAGUCGCAGUUUGUCCACCACCUCCUCUAAUAUUCCCCGAUCGUCAGUUAGUCCAACAGGCAGCUAGUCUGCUUAUGCGAGCAAGAAAGCCAUUGUUAAUUGUAGGAAAAGGAGCUGCUUACUCUAGAGCAGAAAAUGAAGUUCGCAAUCUCGUAUACUCAACCAAUAUACCGUUCCUUCCAAUGCCAAUGGGAAAAGGCGUUGUUCCAGAUACAGAUGAACGAUGCGUUUCUAGUGCAAGAACUUAUGCAUUACAGCAGAGCGACGUUAUUGUGUUAUUAGGUGCCAGACUGAAUUGGAUGUUACACUUUGGUCAGCCACCUCGUUUCCAACCAGAUGUUAAAGUGAUACAGAUUGAUUUGUGUCCAGAAGAAUUGCAUAAUUCUGUCCCUUCUGCAGUGGCGAUUCAGUCAGAUAUCUCAACAGCUGUAGAUUGUCUUGUUGGCAUUUUGAAAGAACGUAAAUGGGCGAUUGAAAAAAGCAAUCCUUGGUGGAAAGACCUUGUUGCUAAAUCGAGCAAAAAUAAGGCACUUGUUCAUAGAAUGUCGUUGGAUGUUUCGGUACCCUUAAAUUACUAUGCUGUUUUUAAAGAGAUACAAGAAACGAUUCCUCCUAAUUCCAUCAUUUGUUCAGAAGGAGCUAAUACAAUGGAUAUUGGUAAAACAAUUUUGUUGAAUGAUGAACCCCGCCAUAGAUUAGAUGCUGCUACUUUUGGUACCAUGGGUGUGGGUCUAGGUUUUGCCAUAGCAGCUGCACUUUAUUGUAAAAAUUAUGCUCCUACAAAGAGAGUAUUUUGUGUUGAGGGUGAUAGUGCCUUUGGAUUUUCAGGCAUGGAAAUUGAGACAAUGUACAGAUACAAACUGCCUGUUAUUAUUAUAAUUGUAAAUAAUAAUGGUAUUGGUGGUGGAUUAGACAGCGAAACAUUUAGACAAAUACAGUCUUCAGGAGAACCAACACAAGUAACACCAUCAACUAUUCUAUCAUGUGAUACCCAUUAUGAAAAGAUGAUAGAAAUGUUUGGGAGGAAAGGAUAUUUCUGCACAACUGUGCAGGACAUUCAGCAUGCGAUUAAAGCAUGCCUUAAGAUAACCGAUGCUCCAAGUUUAAUAAACAUUAUGAUCAAUCCUCAAGCUAAUCGCAAAGAACAGAAGUUUAGUUGGUUAACAGAAUCAAAGCUUUAAAUUUAUUUACUGUACCAAAGAAAAAUUAAUGUUUGUAUGUAAUAUAGGAGAAAGUGAUACAGAUGUAAAAAAUAUGUAUAAAUUUUCUCUAUUU